UGAUACAAGUAUUAUAACUGUGAUGUUAUUAGACUGUUCUGUUGGAUUUAUAUAGGAAGUGGUAGGAAGAAAGACCAGUCGCGUUUUGGUUGAUCUAAAACCAUGGUAAUCGUUUCAACUAUUGCAACGGAACUUUACUCUUCUUGAAACACUGAGGACUGAAGGAUGGUUAUCAUAUCAUGGUUCAGAGGAGUAACUACAUGAUAUUUACCAUAUACAGGAAUGCUGAAUUUUUCACAUUAAUUUCUGACCCUGUUUUGGUGCUGAAAGAUGGCUGGACAGAGUUCUCCAACUUUGCAGUAUUCAGAGACGAAUGUACCAGAUUAUCAGAAAAUGCUGCAGACAUCUGCACAGCCAGACAGCUCAGCCAGAGGGCAACUUCCUCAAACUGGCUGGCAUGAUGAUGUUGAGACACUGACACCGUCACCUGUCAUUCAGCAUCCUCAAGCGCCUGUUAGUCCCCCCAUGGCUCGACAUCGUUUCCAUCACUACACUGCCUGGGAUGGUGGGGGCAGGGUACAGGUGAGGGGUGAGGCUGGUGGUACCCAGCCAUAUCAGCUGUCCUCAAAGUAUGAGCAUGCAGAUGACCAGAUUUAUAAUCACGAUGGCUACCACAGCUAUCCUGACAACAUCUACAAUUCUGGUACCAGUGCCUACAGAUAUUAUGGAGUUGCUGCUGCUAAUGAUUCUGGUGUCAGCAGUCCUGCACUGCUGCGCCGCAUUUAUAACCGUGCACCUGUGGAACAUCGGCGGAGUUUUCCUGACAACUCGCAAGUCCAGCAUCUACUAGAUAAUUACAUAGAACACGGUGGUGAUGUGAGACAAGGUGGUGGUGGCAGUACAAGUGGUUAUAGUAGCAGUAGCAACUAUGAGUAUGGCAUCAACAUGAAAACCCCACUGCACCAGAAAUCCUCUGAGUUUCCAGCACAGCUGAGCACACCUAAGCCCAGAUCCAUCCUGCGCAACAGUCAUAAUCAGAGUCACCUAGGAAGAGACAGGGCAACAUCGCCUUUGUUUGGGAGCCAUUCAGAGAUUCUGCAUUUCAGUGGCAGCACAAAGAAACCAGCCGGUGACCUGAGACAGUGGCAACAGCAACACCAAGAAGAACUGCUUCAUCAGCACAUUGAGACACAGGCACUCUAUGAUAAGCAGCUGACACCACUGGAGACCAUGAUUCAACAGCUUGGAAUAAAAGAAGAUGAUCCAUCUCGUUGGGAGCCCAUUCGCCGUGCGGCUGACAACAUCAUCCGGGAAAAGAACAUGAUUAUUGAGAAGCUUCGACAGCGGGUUCUGGAGCUGGAGGAGGACCUGAAGAUGGCUGACAACAAACUUAGACAAACGCUGCUAGCAUCUGAUGAUAAGGCUGACCUUGUGCAUCAGAAGCUGAAGGAACUGCAGUACAAGAAUGCCACCAUAAAAACUGAAUUGACAGAGACUAGAACUAAAAAGAAUGCUGAGAUCAACAUGUUGGAGGAACAGCUUGGCGCUGCAGAACAUGAGUUGGAGAAGCUCAAAUCCCAACUGAAAAACAAAGAUAACGACACUGGGUCUCUAGAGGCAAAGUUGCAGGCUAAAGAACAGGAGAUUGAAGAGUGGGGACGGCGAUUCCAAGAGAUGAAGUCGAGUCAUCAGCAGCUGCGCCUCAAGUUGGACAGCGUAGAGCGCUACCUGGCAGACUUGCCUACUGUAGAAGAGAGCACUUACAAUGCUCAAGAGUUACUGCGACUCAAGGAAGAAAAUGCUUUGAGCAAGUCCCAGCUAGAGGAGUUGCAUCAAAAAUUAACACAAACACGAAAGAUGCUUGUUGCUCGUGAUUUGCAUGUCAAGGAACUAGAGGACACUGAAAAUGAGCUGGCUGGGCGGCUUCAGGAAUUGGAGCAAGAAUUGCGGCAGGUUAGGAAAAAAGAUCAAGUGGCACAGUCCCUUUUAAAUGUGGAGACUGAGCUAAACCAAACAAAACAAGAAAAAGAACGCCUUGCUGUUGACCUUGAGAAAGCAAAAAAGCUGUUGGAAACAACCCACCGACGACUGCGGCUGUCCGAGACACGGCAGCAGACAGAGAUGAAGGAGAUAACUGAACGGUUAACACAGGAAGAGGAAGCGGUAGGAGUUUUGCGACAGGAAGUGCUUGACAAAGAGCAGCAAGUGGAGAAGAUGAAACACUUGGUGAAAGAAGUGGGACAUCAAAACCAGGACCUAAUGGAGCAGAACCUUAUCUUGAGAGAACAACUGACUCUAGCUGAGCAGCAUGCCGCUGAUGAUGGGAUUCGACUGCAGAGACGAUUCAUGGCAGAACUGGGGCUGUGCUUCUCUGAACUGCAAGCCAUUGUGCAGAUCUGCCUACAACGAGCACGGGGAGAAGAUCCCAAUAUGUCAGUGCUUCUGGGUGUCAGAGAAGCUGUGGCAGACACAGAAGAGACCUCGGCAGCCAGUGCCGAAGAUAAAGUGCAGACAAUUAAACAGUGGUUGUCCAAACUGAGUGUUUUGCGAGAAGAAGUCGACGGCCUUCGUGCAGCCAUCUGUAAUCAGUAUGCUGAGGACAUGGGACAGACCCUUCAGUGUGCUACACAAUGAUUGUGGACAUUCAAGUGUGCAUGUGUAGUGCAUGUGCUUGAGAACACAUGGUCAUGCAUGCAUGUGUCAUGUGAGAGAGAGAUUCGUCCAUGUGUAGGUAUUUUUAUGAAGGUCAGAAGUUGCAUCCGUAAUUUUGAUUUUCAAUAUAUCAGGGAGUACAACAGUGGAUGACUGAAAAUGCAGCUGUUGCAUGCUGGAAAUAGUACUGUUUAUGCAUAUGCAUAUGCAUGAAUAUAAAAAUGAUGAAGCUAAUGCAUGAAUGUGUUGUUGAAAAUACAGUAAAGAACUGUCCUGAAGAGUGCACAGCAGUUGAAGUGUGUGUCCAUUCAGUUGUUUUCCUCUAAUGUGAUUAAAUCAAAAUGGUUGAGUGGAGUUCAACAGGGAAAAAGCAUUUCGUUUUUAAUGACAAACUUCAUGCUGGCCAGUACAGAGAGAGUAUUCCUAUUACAGAUGCCAUAAUGAAACUAUAUACCCACCAAAGUGUGCUGGAAAAACAUUUGUAAUUUGUUUGGCUGUCUUUAUGUUUUGUUUGAUAAAGACGUUUGCAUAACAUAAUUUCUAGUACUCCUGGAUAAUGACCCACCAGUACAAAGAACUAAUUAUUUUUUCUAAUUUGUAUUAUUAUUUGUAUAGAAUUGGCUCUUAAGCACAUUGCACAGCAAUGAUGCUAUAUUUUUCACUUCUUUAAUAUAUGUUUUGAGGUUGAAAUAAUUAAAUUAUUUUUUUUCACUUCUAUCACCAAGACACACAUUGCUGAAAGUUUUAUUUCAAAUGUGUGCUGUUUUUUCUUCCUCCUAAAUUCCAUUCAUUUCCCAGUCUAUAAAAAGAUUCUCAUAUUUCAAUGUUGUCUCGACUGAUCUGAACCUACAUAGCAGGAACACUGUUAACUCCUUACACAGUGAAACAUCACUUUAGAAAACAGUUGUCUUCACAGUUUGGUUGUAAUAUGUGUAGGUUUACUAUUAAUAUCUUUGAGUUUGUAAGCAUAAAUACUCAUUUUUAUUUAUCUUUCUGCUGUGUUUUUGAGUUUUUUUCGGGGGAUUACAUACCAGAGUGGUGAGGAAGAAAGGGGAGAAAAACAUUGUGAGAUCUCUGGGACCAUUUAUUUUUCUCCAUUGGUACUAUGUGCAUGCUGUGUUUACCUCAUCACUAACCAAAGAAAAUCUGUAUACACAUGCAAACACAAAUAUAGUUUUCUUAUCAUUACAAACAGUUCAUUACAUGACUGUAUAUUAGAAAAAGUUAUAACUAUCUGUAAUGUGGUAGUUUAUUUAUUGUUAAAGAUGCCCCCAAAACAAGUUGCUUCGUUUACAGAAUUUCAUGAUGUGAACUUACUGGGAAGAAAAUUUGCACAUUCCAGUUUGACUGUGAUCGCAUUUCAGUCUUGCAGCCUGGACUGAAGUGAAAAGGAAAAAGGCAUACUGGAUCUGUUUUUAUUAAAUAAGCUGUAGAUGUUGUUUUUGUAGAAUUUCAUAGUUGGCAAGAGAAUAAUAGAUUUUGAUUUGGAAUGUAUUAUUUGUGCAUUUUUCAAAAUUUAUUUAUUGCCAGUUGUCAUUUAUGUGCCAAAUGUAAGGAGGAUAGUGAUACUGUUGUAGCUACGACUGAAGGAGAUUAUCAGAGUUUCUGAAUGUGUCAUGAUUCUAUGUAAAUGGACAAAGUAUUUUAAUGAGCUUUUCUCCCAGAUGCCAGUGUGAAGUUUAUAUAUCCCAGAAUCCUAACGCUGCUCAUUGGUCAUGAUUGUGAACUUUGCUAACUUAUACUUAUUUUGUUUCUGGAAGUUAAGCUGAAAAACUUGGACAUAAUGUCAGCUCUGAGUAGGGCCAACUAAGGUCUUAUUUGAAAGCAACCCCAGUUUUGACAAUAGCUCAUAACUGUGCACUUUUGACAGACUUGCACAAAAGUUCUAUGGCAUGGAGUUUGUUUAAUGUAUUGUUUAACUUUACUGUUUUGUGUUCAGUUCUUAGAUAUUUUCAAUAUUAGGACAGUACAAGACCUUAAAGUUGUUGUGGUACUUGUUCCUGUGCAGUUUGUUACCAUGUGACCUACCAGCAGUGAAUGUACUCAAUGAGGAUGUGGUUAAGCAUAAAAUUUCUGAGAAAUUCACAACACUUGCUUAUGCAAACAUUUUGCUACAGCAUAAAGAUGUACUUGUUUCAAGCAAACAGUAUCAGUAUGAAUCAGUAUUUAUAAAUUUAUAAAACUACAUGACUCUACAUUUAACUUACAUAAUAACUCUUGCCUUCUGUGAUUUAUGUCUGAGAUGUUUCUUUUAACAAUGUGUGCAAUCUUGGGAAUGUGAGAAAAAAGUGACCAAAUAAUGUGGUGUAUGGCAGUGUUCAGCAAGAAAAAAAUAACCUCCGUCCAUAUAGCUUAUGCUGUAACAGAAGCUACUCUAUUUGGUCAAUGGCUUUGUAAUUUUUGUGUGUGUUUUGUAAAUAGUCCAAUGAUUAUGAAGCUGUUAUUUGAUGCGGCUAUUAAGGCCUGUACGACUCAGUAUUUGUAUAUGUGUGUGCGCACACACACUCAUAUAUGUAUGUGUUUCCAGGAUUGUAUACGUGUGCACACAUUGUUUUAUUCAUGUACAUGGUUUACAGAUUAUGAAUGAAGAGAGUGCCUCCUGUGCCAACACCAACUUGUCAAGGUCUAAAGUAGUAAAUAUCCCUGGAAUUCAACUUUGCAUUCCUCUAUAGAUUUUUCUCAAGAGAAUGCAAGGCUUAUGUGGCUGUCAGAAGAACAGCAUACUGCCCUCUAAACUGUAAUUGAUUAAUUCCUCCAAGAAUAAGACAGAGUGAAUUUCAAAUGAGCCAGCUAAAAUCAUGUUAAUCAAUGAUCAGUUUUGGAUAUGAAUUUUCUAUUUAAGAAAAAACAAAAUAAUGAGUAAUACCACUUGCAAGUUUUAGUUUAUGAAGUGUUGCUUUUCUCUUGGGGUCUGAUUUACCUAUAACAAAGAAAACCAUAACAGAAGUUUCAAGGUUUGAAUUCAGUCACAAACUUCUGGAAGGGGUAUUGCAUAUAUUUCAGGGUUGACAUAGGUUUAAGCCUGAAAUUGUUUAGUGUACAGUUACCCCCAUAAAAUGCAUAAAAGAUAUUUGAUAAGAAUUGCUCAUUCCAUGCUUGCCAUUUACCUGUGAGUUAAGCCACUAGUUUUCAGUUUUGCUUAGGCUAGGAGUGACUUAGUUUUGUUUGCAAGGUAUGCACAUUCCAGUGUUGAUCAGAACUUAAUCAGUUUCUCGAAAACAGAAUCACUGCCAAGGGUUCAGGCACAAUAAAUAUUAUUGUACAGAUUUUCUUGUACUAUAAUUUAACAUAUAUACAUUAAACAAAAUAAAUGUUUGUAGAAAAA